CUGUGCCUGUGCCUGUGCCUGUGCCUGUGCCUGUGCCUGUGCCUGUGCCUGUGCCUGUGCCUGUGCCUGUGCCUGUGCCUGUGCCUGUGCCUGUGCGUGUGCCUGUGCCUGUGCCUGUGCGUGUGCCUGUGCCUGUGCCUGUGCCUGUGCCUGUGCGUGUGUGUGUGCUCCCAGCUCUCACUGUCUCACGUCAGAAUUGGACGUCCAUCCAUCUUCCACACGUCAAAUUUUGAAGUUGUUCCAAACGUCAGCAUUCAAAGUGUUUAAGGUUAAGUUUAGGAUAUUAACUCAGCAUUAUUAAGGAUUGACAUUAACUCAGAAUGGUUAAGGUUUGGGAUAGACUUAAAACAAAAAUAUCAAAAAACACUUUCUACCUAUAAAUUCAAACUUGCAACCUUUGGAAUCAGAGGCAGAUGCUUACGUCUAUCCACCAUCCCCAUCGCCCUAGCAAAUCUGAAACCUACUUGAAGGUAACAGAAUUCACUGUUACCCCUAGUGACCAGCUUCCACAUCAUCUCCUGAUGUUGAAUACUGACUUGUACCACGGGUGACCUGGCUGGUAUGUGUGUCCUCACAACCAGUCCUGCAGAAUGUCUAUUCCUGCCUGUCUAAAUAACUCUUCCAUGCCAUUUCCAUCCCUCUUUCUUCCUUCUCCCCCUUUUUCUGCAUCUUUAUCUACCCCUCUCCCCUCCCUUUACACACUCCCCCCAUCCUCUCUCUCUCCCUCCCUCUCUCCUCUCCUCAUCCUCUCUUUCCAUCUUCCUACCUCUCCCUCCCUUUCGCCUCCCCUACUCCUUAUCGAUCCAUCCAAAGUCAUGAGUCACAGAGCGAAAUCAUAUCCCUGAUGGAUGGGUGUCAGAAAUCAAUCCAAAGAACUUUAGGAAAGAACGACAGACUGAAAGAAGAGCAUCUCAAAAGAGACAGAACCCUUUGUCUUAUCUCAGUGCUGUAAUCAUGGAUUCCAUCUUCUGUCUCAUCCACUCCCUCCCUCUUCCUCUCCUCCUUUUCUAUUGCCAGACAGGCUGAGGCUCCACUGGGUGAAAAGGAAGAGAGGAAGACAGGGCAAAAGGGAAAGAGAGACCAAGACCCAGAGAUACACUGACAGAGAAACAGAGAGAGAGCCUCAGUGUUCCCUAACUCUGUAAAGGUAAGGAUAGCAGAGGAGACAUACAAGAGGCAGUGUGUUUAGGAGAGCCCAGGGCAUUUGGGCUGCGUUACCCCUUUAGCCCUCUAGUGGGUGCCCUCGCCCAUAUCAGGCCUGAAGGGACAUGGCCAUCUGAAAGACUCUUCUCUCUACCACCUUCCACCACUCCCUCUAUCAGUCUCUUUUUUUCAACAACGUAACUCUAAUCAACUCUCGUUGCCAUGGAGAAGACAUACUCCCUCACAGCCCACUACGAUGAGUUCCAGGAGGUCAAGUAUGGUGGUCGCUAUAGCAGCGGCACCCUUAGCAACGGCAUGAGCCUGCACUUGGGCGGGAGCCUAGACCGAAAUAUUGGGCGUGGCCGAGGCAAAGGGGGCGGGGCCAGUGAUCGGAGUCGGGACCUGAGUGGCAUCAACAGAGGACAGGGACUUCCUCGUUGGAGCCGCAGGGAGAUCUGCCUGCUCUCUGCUCUGGUGUUUGCUGUGGGGAUGUGUGUCAUCCUGGGCAGCAUGCUGGCACUCAAAUACAUCUCCCUGGACUUCCAGCAAGAGGCGCACUGCAGACAGGACUGCCAGAAGAAACGCUCGUUAGUCCGCGCCGCACGCUUCAUCCAGGCCAACAUCGACCCCACCAUCCAGCCCUGCCAGGAUUUCUACAGCUUUGCCUGUGGCGGCUGGCUACAGCGCCAUGGCAUCCCAGAGGACAAGCUGAGCUAUGGCAUCAUCACCGCCAUCGGAGAGCACAACGAGGAGAAGCUACAACGUCUCCUGCUGGAGCCAGUGCACCGGCACACCGUGGACUCGGCGGAACGCAAGGUGAAAGAGUUCUACCGCUCCUGUGUGAACAUCCAGGAGAUUGACAAGCUGGGGUCGGGACCCAUGACGGAGGUGAUUGACAGCUGUGGUGGGUGGGACCUGGUUGGAGUGCCCUCUGGUGGUGCGGGGUGGGAGAGCAGUACUGCACCAGCCAGACCAGACUUUAACGAGUUGCUCUAUAGGACCCAGGGGGUGUACAGCACUGCGGUCUUCUUCUCUCUGACUGUCAACGUGGACGAUAAGAACUCCUCACGCAACGCUAUCAGGAUUGAUCAGGAGGGGCUCACACUGCCUGAGAGGACUCUGUACCUGGGGCAGGAUGAGGACAGUGUGAAGAUCCUGGCGGCUUACAAGGCCCUGAUGGAGCGUCUGCUAAGCAUGCUGGGGGCUCACAAUGCCACUCAGAAGUCCAAAGAGAUCCUACAGCUGGAAACACUCCUAGCCAACAUUACUGUGUCUGAGUAUGAUGAACAGAGAAAGGACAUCAACACUAUGUACAACCGCAUCACCCUGAGACAACUACAGCGCAUCGCUCCUAGUCUGCAUUGGAAACGUUUGUUGGACAGAAUUUUCCAUGAUAACUUCUCUGAGGAUGAAGAGAUCGUGGUGUUGGCUACUGACUACAUGGAGAAAGUCUCUGAGAUCAUCAAGACCACCUCCAAAAGGGUUCUCCAUAACUACAUGCUGUGGCGGAUUGUAGCAGCUCUCAGUGAACACCUGUCCACGGCGUUCCGGAGCACCAUCCAUGAGUUUUCCCGGGAGAUUGACGGUACAGAGCGUCAACUGGAGCUGGGGAGGCUGUGUUUCACCCAGGCCAACAAACACUUCGGCAUGGCCCUGGGAGCACUCUUUGUCCAGCAGCACUUCUCCUCUCACAGCAGGGCCAAGGUACAGGAGCUGGUAGAGGACAUAAAGCACUCACUGAACCUCCGGCUGCAAGAGCUGGACUGGAUGGAUGAGGUGACCAAGGAGGCAGCCAGGGCCAAGCUGCAGCAUAUGAUGGUGAUGACAGGCUAUCCAGACUUCCUACUCAAACCAGAGCUCAUAGACCAGGAGUAUGGGUUUGAUGUGGAUGAAAAUACCUAUUUCAAAAACAUCCUCAACAGUAUUAAUUUUAACAUCAAGAUGUCUGUAAAGAAGAUCCACAAGCAGGUGGACAAGACCGCGUGGCUCCUUCCCCCUCAGGCCCUCAAUGCCUACCAUCUCCCAAACAAGAACCAAAUGGUAUUUCCCGCUGGAAUCCUUCAGCCCACGCUGUACGACCCCGACUUUCCACAAUCUCUGAACUAUGGAGGAAUAGGAGCCAUCAUCGGUCAUGAGCUGACACAUGGAUAUGAUGACUGGGGGGGACAGUAUGAUCGCCACGGCAACCUGAAGCAGUGGUGGACGGAGGAGUCAUACAAGAAGUUUCAGAAGAAAGCAGAGUGCAUCGUCAAACUCUACGACAACUUCACCGUCUAUAACCAGAAAGUAAAUGGUCGUCUGACUCUGGGGGAGAAUAUAGCAGACAUGGGAGGCCUUAAACUGUCUUAUUUUGCAUAUCAGAAGUGGAUCAGAGAACAUGGUCCAGAAAGACCUCUCCCUGGACUCAAAUACACACAUGAACAAUUACUCUUCAUCGCCUUCGCACAGAACUGGUGUAUGAAGAGACGGUCUCAGUCCAUAUACCUGCAGCUACUGACUGACAAGCACGCACCAGAGCAUUACAGGGUGAUUGGCAGCGUGUCCCAGUUUGAUGAGUUUGCCCGAGUGUUUCACUGUCCAAAGGGUUCCCCCAUGCAUCCUGUCAACAAGUGUUCUGUAUGGUGACCUCUGAACUCCUCCACCCACCAACAACUAGAACUUACCUGUGACCUCAACUCUCCUCACCAAUCUGUCUGAGGUGUUCUGUUCAGAUUCACUUCCAUCUCAAUCAUGGGACUACCUUUUUCUCUUAUCACAGAAUUUGCAAAUAAUGUCAUCACCACCAGGCAAAACCAUGAUCACUUCACUGUCUACUCAUGUACAUAUCCAGUGCUUGACUUGGGCAGGAGGUCACUGGUACGGAGUACUGGCACCUCAAAUGUUCUACCGCUUGAGCUCCUGUUCCUCUUAUAGAAUAGUAUUAGCUCAAAGUAUUGUGGAGCUCCUGUACCGAAAAUGAGUACCGGCACCUAUUUCAAUCUAAGUCUAGCACAUUUAUUUAUAUUUACUUUUUGUGUCAUGGGAUUACCUUUUUGGUUUUGAAUUGGCAUGUCAAUUCAUUAAUUAUUUGAAUCACUUAAACAUCAGAUGUUGACAGAAGUAAAGAGCGUUAUUAAAUCAUAUUGAAGGGAUGGGGAUUGUACUGCCAGUAUGGACUACGGCAGCGUAGCCUAGUGGUUAGAGCGUUGGACUAGUAACCGAAAGGUUGCGAGUUCAAACCCCCGAGCUGACAAGGUACAAAUCUGUCGUUCUGCCCCUGAACAGGCAGUUAACUGCUCCCAGGCCGUCAUUGAAAAUAAGAAUAUGUUCUUAACUGACUUGCCUGGUUAAAUAAAGGUAAAAUUUAAAAAAUAUAAAAAUAAUUCACUCAGAUCAGUGUUUUGCCUGCCAAUGUUUUUGGUAGUCUUUUCUAUGAGGUUAAUAGUGGACACUGUGCUGCUGUCCAGUGGCUGAACAGAGAAGUGGUCUCCGAUGUGGAGACCUUGUUCGUCUUGACUGUUGUUACCCGUCUGGCCUUGUGGACGCCAUUGGAAUGGUGUUACUGUGCGUUUGUACGGUUUUCAAUCCAUAGUGACCUUUUGCUCAGGAUUUGUAGCUAAGUACGUCCCCAGUGGCAAAUAAUAGUGAUGGAACAUCAUGGACUAGUCUGUCUGAACCAUUAACCCCUCACACCUUAGUGUACAUCAAGGUGAACUAUGCUUCUCAAUCCACCGGAGACUCCAAUCUCCCAAUGUCUCACUGUCACAUCCCAGACUAUGGAUUCUUUAGCAUGACGAUUGUGUUUAAGAUAGAAGCAUGAACCUGUUGACCAACAUCAUCCAUCCUAUUGGACAUUAUGGACUCUGAGCCCUUCCUAUUGGUUUAUGUUAACGCUAGGGCCUUCCUUGAUACAGCACAUACUCACUCUUGAAUGCCCCUGGCCUGCACAGCCAAGAAGCUUUCAAAGGAAGGAUCAAUGUCAUAACAAAUCAUCUAUCUUCUGUACAUACAAAACUGUGAAUCCAGUCAAAAAAACAUUUGUACACAGUAAUAUUAUAAUUUUGUAUGAAGAAUCUAAAAAUAAGAACAAUCUUUGUAUAAGUUAUAAUUGUACAGUUCUUAUUCUGAAAACAGCAUGUUCAAAACCAGCUUUACACAGUGCAGACUGAGAUAAAAGGAUGACAUCACAGUUCUCAGCUGCAAUCUCGCUCAUAUUUCUUGGUGUUCAAUGUUUUGGAUAAAUAAAAGGGAUCAUUGUGUGAGGGGUUGGUUUCUCCAUGUGCCUUGGUCCAGUGCGUGUA